UUUGAGCGCCAAAACAUAAAUCUGUCAAUUUCAUUUUUCGAUUUAAAUGUAAAUUUAUUCCAUGUCCUUUGAUGUUCGAAGAAUUUUAUCAAAAUCGUUUUUAAAGUGUAAUUUGUUUGCGUUUCUUUUAAUUGAAAAACCUUCACGCUAACAUAAUGCCGCGAAAAGUAACUGAUGAUAGCAAUUUUGUGACCUGGAUUGGUGAAAAAAUUGAGAACGAUAAUGGUGUUGAUUGCUACAGAAAAUGCAUUGUAAAUGAGUUCGUGUUGACGAUCGGUGACUUUGUGUAUGUUUCCAAUCCCGACCAACCGAAUGCAAAGCAGCUGGAAAUCGUCAAAAUUACACAUUUAUACGAAGUCCUCGAUCCAUUAGCUUUUGACUACAAAUAUCAGGCUGUUGUCGAGUCGUACAGACGGCCACAAUCGCUAUCCGAUGAUCUGGCGAACGACGUGCAGGAUCUAGAUUCCAGUCGUGAAGUUAUAUAUGCCCCGGUCGAUAUUCCAUUCUCGUUGCCAUUAAAUUCGGUGCGUGGUUAUUGCAAAGUUAUGUUUUCGGUACCGAGCCAGAGCGUAGCAGAUGCGAUGACCAGUUUGAAUAUACGAAACAAGCGACACGUUUACAUAUGCCGCUACAAAAUUGUGAAGCGAAACGGGAUACUGUCGCUGGUCGCCAUUGACGAUCAACAUGCUGAAACACCGUCAAAGUUGACCGUUUCACCAAUUAAAAUUGUCAACCAAAAUUCCAUCCAAAAAGUGUCGAAGCUGUGUGAACAGGAAAUUGAAAAUGUUUCCGCAUCCGAUUCAGAGCUGGAUGACACGACGUCGACUAAGGCGUACAAAUCGCCAGCGAGUCAUAACAUUUCGUUCGGAGCGAGACGAAAUUUGAAUUCUAGUCUGAAUGAUGCUGGCGCUGACAUGAUGGGAUCGAUUGUGGUGACCCCACAUCGGAAGAAAGAUGAGCUGAAGAUGACGAUUAAGGUUACGCGAAAGGAAGAUGUGUCGAAGAGAAACUCAUCCAAUACCCCGCUUAAAGCCAUCCAGUACAACAACAACGAACUGGACAAUUUAUCGAAGAGACAAUCAGCAACAAAGCGUCGAUUACAAUCUGGAUCGCCGAAAUCCCUUUCGUAUACACCGACCAAAACACCGAAACGAAUUGGGGAUCAGUACGGAACGCCGAAUCAAGAGAACCAGCUAACUGGCACGCCGAAAAGCAUUUUGAAACCGUUUACCAUUCGUCUUAGUCGCACAAUCGCGAGUCCUCGACGAAGCAUAUCAUUUGCAUUAAAUUCGCGAGACACCGUUACAUCGCCCACUACAGGAGAAAAUGUUAUUGCAUCACCAUCUCCCAAAAAAUCUCCGCUGAGACGAUCCAAGAGACGUUCGUCUAUUCACCAGACAAACCUUGCCGAAUCCCCACUCGACACCAGUUUUAUGUGGCUUGAAGACUCAAAUUUUGGAACGCCUGAAAAACAGCCACUAAAAACGCCGAAAAGUGCUAGCAAGGCGAUUAAGCAGACGCCGACGAGAACACCGAAAAUGACCCCCAAAAAAUCACAAAAUCGAAACGCACAAUCCAGUAGAUCCCUCGACCUCAAUGACCACGACGAGUCACCAAGAUCGAUUGACGAAUCGCUGGAUGACACAAUGGAAACUCCACCGAAAAGAACGCGUAAAACGCCGAAAAAGACGCCGAGCAAAACUCCCAGUAAGACACCAAAACGUACGCCAUCGACACGGAUCAGUGCAGUGGAACCAGUUAUUGGUGAGCGAAAAAAUCCGAUUCGUAGAGAUCGGUCUGACGUUCAGCUGGCGAAGGAAUCACUGCAUGUGUCAGCCGUACCGAAAACUCUACCGUGCCGCGAAAAUGAAUUCCGUGACGCGUACAAAUUCAUCGAGGGCAAAAUUUUGGACGAAAGCGGUGGUUGCAUGUACGUCAGCGGCGUGCCUGGAACGGGAAAAACAGCAACCAUCACCGAGGUUAUCAGAACAUUACAACUCCAGGCGAAGCAGAAGAAAAUCCCCCAGUUCGAGUUCAUCGAAAUCAACGGAAUGCGACUGACCGAGCCAAGACAAGCGUACGUACAGAUCUAUCAACAAUUGACUGGAACGAAAGUGACCAGCGAACAGGCACAUUCGUUGCUCGACAAACGGUUUACCACUCCGAACUUGCAUCGUAAAACCACCGUUCUGUUGGUAGACGAGCUGGACAUACUGUGCAAUCGACGGCAAGAUGUCAUCUACAAUUUGUUGGAUUGGCCGGCGAGAAAAGCUGCUCGAUUGGUCGUCGUAACGAUUGCCAAUACGAUGGAUCUACCGGAACGGUUACUGAUGGGACGUGUAACGUCACGACUGGGCUUGACUCGGCUCACCUUCCAACCGUACACACACAAACAGUUACAAGAAGUUGUGCAGGCACGAUUGACCGGUACGAACAUUUUCGAGAACGAUGCAGUUCAAUUGGUUGCCAGAAAAGUUGCGUCGAUAUCAGGUGAUUGUAGACGUGCACUGGACAUUUGUCGUCGAGCUACAGAAAUUGCAGAGACUGACUGUAGCGGGAAACGGGUCAUGGUUUCAAUGUUGCACGUUCAGAAGGCUUUCAAUGAAAUGAUUACCAAUCCUAAAGUGCUUGCCAUCAAAGGAUGUUCGAAAUAUGAGAAAUUGUUUCUGCAGGCUGUUGAAGCAGAGGUGAUACGAACCGGCGUUGAUGAGACUGUACUGUGCCAGGUGUAUCAGCAAUUAGAGUCGAUUUGUGCGCUUAAUGGUGCCAGUGUACCUGAGCCAGGAAUUGCUUUACGGUUGUCAUGUCGAUUGGGCUCGUCACGACUGCUUAUUUGUGAGCAUUCUAACGCUUCCAUUCAUCAAAAAAUUAUGUUGAAUGUUACUUCUGACGAUAUUUAUUAUGCGUUGCAUGUGAACACUGAAUGAAUAAAAAUUAUGUUUUUUA